UCAGUCAGUUCCGAGACGAGAAAAACAGCAGUUCCGCGCCAAGCAGCUCGCUCUCACGGCCAGGCGUCUUCUCUCCAGGAAUUCAAGGCAUAGGAUCUUUAAACAGAAUCCAAGGACUAUUCCCCACGAUGGCAUCCACGUCGAAAGCGAAACUGGUGGUCUUUGCCCUGGACAUACUGUGCACGUUGCUGGCCCUAGUGUUGAUGUCCUUUGGUGUCUAUGUACUAGUGUCCUAUAAUCUGAACCAAAUCGGUGCUCUGGCGGCCUAUGGAUACGUGGGUCUGGGAGUAGCUGCCCUGGUGGUGGUCCUCUGGGGAUACCUUUCCGCCUGGCGCGAGAAUGUGUGCUGCACAGUCACGUUCAUUGUGUUCCUAUGCCUCGUCAUCAUUGCCCAGUUCGCCGUGGUCUACUUGCUGUUCACCCAGGAUAAGUCGGUGGCCGCCAACCUAGCCAGCGCUCUGGACCAAACCUGGGAGGAGGAGCUGAACAGUCCAGGUGCCAUGUCGCUCUACCAGAAUUGGUUCCAGUGCUGUGGUCGAGGCAGUCCCCAGGAUUAUAUUGUGAACGAACGCCUACCCCCAGCGACCUGUUUCCGUGACCACGACAAGAGCAAGCCCGAGAACCUAAUCCAUACCGGCUGCCGAGUGGAGUUUGAGAACUACUGGCUGCACCUGACCAAGAUUUUCAAUAUUAUUGGUUUUGUGCUGAUUGGUCUUGAGCUCCUGCUGUCCAUUGCCUCUUGUCGCCUGUGCAACAGCAUACGCAACGAUGCUCGACGAUCUUACUUCUAAAGGAACCCUUUAAGGGAUCCUUCUCAAGGAUAAGGCAAAUUACACACAUGUAUUGAAGGUGACGAAGGAAAAUAAGAAAAUAUUACAACAUUAUCUAAUUGGUUUGGAAAUGCGAAAAGUAAUUGUUAUAAUUUUUGAAAUUGAAACUCAAAACUACACGAACCCAGUACUAUGCUAGGGGUUAAUCUAACUCAUACAUGAAUUUCAAUGAAAUCGUUGAAAAUAACUCACAAACGCUAGUGUAAGAAAUCUAAACUAGUUUUAAUAAUAUUUAUUA